AGUUAAAUCGGUUAGACUAAUGAACCAGUGAAUAAAACGGUUUGAUGAUCGGUCCAGUUUUCAGAACUUUGGUUUUAACCCAGCUGGCAGCCGCCACCGUCAAAUAUGUGGGCUCUUCGUGGUCGAGCUUCUCUUCUUCCUCUCAGGAGGGCAUAUGACCGUUUGUUGUUGCCGAAUACGUUUUACCAUUAUGGGCAUGCCUCCCUGAAAUUCGCUGUGAGUAGGCGCGAGCUUUCUUGGCAAAGUGAUGCCAAUAGCAUGGAAGAUCGCGAUAAAAAAGGAUGUUUUGAUGUGCCUACGGGUAUGUUUGCCGAAGAAACGGAAGAAAGAAUCGAACGAGAUAUCUCACGGGCAAGGCGCAUGGUUAAGCUUAACCCCUUCGACACUGAGUAUAAAGCUGCGCUGCUUGAGAAGUUGUUCGAAGCAAAAAGUCAUUUUCCUAACAGAUAUCUUCCUGCCUAUGUUAGCUUCAUUGCUAAAUCGUCUCGUUAUGAGUUACAUGAGUUAAAACUAUACUUUGAGGGUUCUCCUUCUGACUGGAGUGCUGGAGUUCUCCGAUCAAUUCGAGGUGCUCAUGGAAAAAGAAAGGCAAGGGUAGUUGAAGACCUUAUAGCAGCUGGGUUGAAAGAAAAGGCCAAAGAGUUAUUGAAGGAAAUGGAAGAUGAAGACUUGCCAAAAAACCCUCAGGUUGGUAAGUACAUAAUUAGGUCUUAUGCUAAAUUGGCUGAUACAACUGAAAUGAGAAGAAUUUGGCAGCUUUGUAAAGCUUGCCCUCAAAGGGAAGUAUGUCUGGGUGCAAUUGAGGCUUUUGGCUUAGUGAAUCAAAUCGAUGAAGCAGAGGCCGUUUUGGAGUUUAUGUCAAAAAGAUGGCGGCUUAUUCCCAGGAACUACUCACUUAUGCUGAAGAUUUAUGCAAAUAAUAAGAUGGUAAAAAAGGGCAAGGAUCUCGUUAAGCGAAUGGCAGACAGUGGGAUGCGAAUAGGCCCAUUGACAUGGGAUGAUCUAGUUAAUCUUCAUAUCAAAGCAGGGGAAGUUGAGAACGCAGAAACCAUUCUGGAGAAGGCAGUCCUGCAGAACCAGGGAAAACCAUUUAUCAAUUCUUAUACUGCUAUUAUGGAGAUGUAUGCCCAAAAAGGUGAUAUCCAUAAUACAAAGAGGAUUUGGCGCAAAAUGGAUGAUGAAAUGGGCUACAAGUUGACUUCGAAGCAGUACGAAGUUCUAAUGCAAGCCUAUUCAACUGCCAAGGUUCCAGUGAGAUAAAGUAAAAAAAUAAGUAAUAAAAAGUGGAUAUAAAAUUUAACUUCUUAGUCAAUAUAAUUAUAACGUUAGUUUGAGUGUGAUCAAUUGAAAGUUAAGAAUGGAAGCAGCAUCUGGUUUAGUUCCCUCUGCAGAAAAUAUGCACCAUCAGUACUAUUUAAUUGUUACCAUAGGGCUGGAAAUGAUUUGUUUCUCAUUGUAAAUAUUUUCUAAUUACUUUUUUAUAUAUUAUGCAGGUUAAUUUUUUAGGGUAUCGAUAGAAAAUAUUAAGCUGUUCAUCAUUAUGGUUUAUUGGUAAAAGAUGUAGUGUUGAACUGAUAGAUGUAGUAAUGUUGACUUGAGAGAAAAUAUACACCAUCAUUAUGACUUUUACUAA